AUGGUACAUCAAUUAUCAUUAGUUUCAUCAAUUCCUCAUUCAAAAUAUUUACAAACAAUAUCUUCAUUACAAGCAAUAACAGGAAUAUCAACACCAACAGAAAUAUCAACAUAUCUGUUAAUAACUCAACCAAAUUUAAUUUUUAAACCAAAAUUUGAACCUGGGAAAAUUAAUCAAAUUGAACAAUAUUUUAUGAAAUGUACAACAACUUGGAUAGAUGAUGAAGGUCGAAAUUUAGAUAUUUCAAAACCAAUAUUAAAUGAUUCAAAAGAUAUAAUUGUUCAAAAAUUAUUUAGUAGUGAUAAUACUACUAAUACGAAUGAUAAUGAAAGAGUUUGGACUUUACAAAUUAGUGAUAUACCUAUUGCUGGUAAAAAUCAACAAUGUUCUCAACAAACUAUAUUUGAAAGUACUUUAGUACAUACACAUAUUGGAGUAGACUCUGAGAUUAAAAAUAAAGAAGAAGUAGUCAAACAAGAAACGAACGAUAACAAAUCAGAUGUAAUGGAGAUUGAUGAAGAUGAAAUAAAUAAACAGUACCAAAACUUAAAUUCAACUGAGGCAAAAAUACGACAAGAUUCAUUCUUAAUUUAUUUAUCAGAUUUAGGAUAUGAAGUAAUAAAUCAAUAUUGGAUAAAAGGUAAGAAAUUUUUCAUAAUGGAUGAUAUAAUAAUUGAAAUUUAUAAAAUCUUUGUUAGAGAUGAUUCUUAUACAGGUGAUGAAAUAAAAUUAAAAUUAUUAGAUGAAUCCAACACAUUUCAGAUCAAGAGUUAUAUAAAUAUAAAAAAUUCAACAGAUAUUGAACAAAUUAAUAAUGGUAUAAAAAAAUUAAUAAAUUUACAAAAUUUAAUUAAAAGUUUAUUCUUGUUGGAAGUUCCUGAUAGAAUGUUUAUGGAUUCAAGAAUUAAAUCAAAUAUAUAA